AUGCAGUCCCAAACACCAGCCAACGGCCUUCAGCGCACUGCCUGUGACCGAUGCCGACAUCACAAGCUCAAGUGUAAUCGCGAUGAAGGUCUGAAACAGUGUCGCCGAUGCAUCCGCGCGGGCCAACAGUGCCUCACUGGCACGGCUCGUAAGGCUGGCCGUCCACAGAAGCUAUUCCGCGAUUCCACACAUCAAGCUCAGUCUCAACACGACCCGUCAACCGUCCUCCAGACACCACCUGCAAGUGUGACCGACAGAAGUCCGGCCUCGAAUGUAACUCUGGAUUAUCAGCACAGUGCUUCUUCAUUCAUCAACCCCUCUAUAGAGGAGCCAGUUGCGCAACAGACACCAUCUACUGAGCAGCAACCGCCGAUCGAUGAAGUGGUGGACGAGAUCAGCCUGUUCACUAAGCGCAGUGCAUUAGCCAGAAAGCUUGGUGAUCUACAGCGUGAAGUCCUUGUCGAUGCCGAUCUCGUUAGGGGGUCACGUACGGUUGGGGCUUGUGUGUCUGCUGUGCACGUCAAUGAAGAGCUGGGAACUCCGAAUACCGACUUCAUGGUCGGAAGGUUUUUGAACCACGCAAAAGGUCUUCUCGAGAUCCUCGAUGAGCUCGAUUUGAGCUACGGCGGUACAAGAAAUUCUGAUAACGUCGUCACCAUCGACAGCAAGUUGAAAUGCGACAUGCCCAUGAUGUUCUCGCUUAUGAGCUGCUAUAUCUGUCUCAUCCGAAUCUACCGAACCGUCUUCUCCUGCCUCCUGGACUCAAUACCCCACCUCAACGACCCUCAAAUAAUGGCUCAAAAGAGCAGAAUGCAGCUGCUGCCGAGCUUGGACUUUGGAGGGUACAAGAUCAAUGGGAGGCUCGACUUGCAGAUACAGAUCUUAGUUCAGGUGAGCGAGGACCUGCUGUACAAACUUGAGGACAAGUUUGGCAUUGGCAGGGGUACGACGACUCUCACAUGGCAGCCUACCGAAGGUCCAACCAAGGCUACGGGUCUGCUAUGGAUGAUGCUUGAGCAGGAGAUAGCGGAACAGCCACCUCUAGAUUCGCCACGGGGCCAGUGCGGAUCUCUCAAGGAGAUCUUGGCCGACAUCAAGAAAAGUUUGCACAUGGGUGAAUCAGGAAACGCUUCAUGA